AAAAAAAUUAACUAUCUAGAGUAAAAACCUUAGUGAAGAUACAAAACACAUCCCUAUAAUAACUAAGCCAACAUUGAGUUCAACUAAAGCUUUCUUACACUUAGACAAAGAUCUUAAAAAUGGAAAAAGAGCCUUUGGUGAUUGAUAGCUUUCACUCUGAGUGAUGCUGGAUGCUCCAUAUCAACUAUCUAAUGCAACGGUUUUGAAGAGCUGCUAAACACCGUGGCCAAUGCAAAAAGAACCACCACUUUGCUACCACCACCACCCCACCACCACCACCACCACCCCACCACCACAAUUCUCUCCCCUAUUUCAACCCCACCUCGCAUGGCUUGUGUGAGCCACCACCACCACCACCACUACCGCCACCGUAACUCGCUCGCUCUCCCCAACAUGCUCUCCGGCGCCGCCCACCACCGCCGCCGCCUCCAAAACGACGCUCCUGAACCCGACCACCACCGCCCUACUCUCGCCUCCGCCUACCGCCUCGAGAAAGUCUUCCCUGUUUACGCCAUGGGAGCUGCCGACCCGGAACCAGAACCCGACUUGGACGGACCCGACCCGAUAUGGGACGCUGUUAGAGAAGAAGCUAAGCUCGAAGUAGAAAAGGAACCGAUUUUGAGUAGCUUCUUGUAUGCAAGUAUCUUGGCUCAUGAUUGCUUGGAGCAAGCAGUGGCGUUUGUUGCGGCCAACCGUCUGCAGAACCCUACCCUUUUGGCAACUCAGCUGAUGGAUAUAUUUUGCAAUGUCAUCAUGCAUGACAAAGGUAUCCAGCGAUCCAUUCGCCUCGAUGUUCAGGCAUUUAAGGAUCGGGACCCUGCUUGUUUGUCAUAUUGCUCAGCAAUUUUGUACACGAAGGGUUACCAUUCACUGCAAGUAUAUCGAGUAGCCCAUGCAUUGUGGCACCAGGGACGCAAAGUCUUGGCCUUGGCUUUACAAAGCCGUGUUAGUGAGGUUUUUGGGGUGGACAUUCAUCCUGCUGCGAAGAUUGGGGAGGGAAUUUUAUUAGAUCAUGGGACGGGCGUGGUUAUUGGUGAAACUGCCAUUGUUGGAAACAGAGUUUCACUGAUGCAUGGUGUAACAUUAGGAGGCACAGGUAAGGGAGUAGGUGAUCGCCAUCCCAAAGUAGGUGAAGGGGCACUAAUUGGAGCUAGUGCAACUAUACUUGGGAAUAUAAGAAUAGGUGAAGGUGCUAUGAUAGCUGCUGGCUCCCUUGUGUUAAAAGAUGUCCCUCCCCACAGCAUUGCUGCAGGAAUACCAGCAAAAGUUAUUGGAGGUCUACAAGAGCAGGACCCAUCUUUAACCAUGAAGCAUGAUGCUACAAAACAAUUUUAUACCGACGUAGCUGCUAACUUCAGAGAUGAAAAGCCCAGUGGUGCCCAGAAUCCAGAUAGAAAUGAAGUUGAAAACUUGAGAGGCUCGAUAGUGUAGUUCGUAUUUGGCGUUCAUUGCUUUCUCCCUUCAAAGGAAGGAUGAUGAUGUUAUACUUAAUGUUAGAAUCAGGAUUAGUUCAAAAUGAUAAUCUCGAAUAUCAACAAUGCUUGCAACUUUUCAUAAUAUGCAAUUUAUGCUGCUCAGUGCGGAGGUUCUUGCUCCAGUAUAGAGAAUUUCUAUAUACAAACUUAAAAAGCAGAUGCUACUUGUGAUAUUGUAGGGGGAAGAUUAUCCGAUUUAGUAUUAAUAUCUUUAACAAAAUGUUUUGAUUUUUGAUUC